AUGGACGCCUCCGACUCCGUCGAGCGCACGCGCCUCAACGUGCUUGAGCUCGCGCGCAACCUCUACUCGCACGACGCCGAGCUGCUCGCGGGCGCCGUCGACAAGGCCUUUGCCUCCAACGCCACGUAUGCCGGACACGGCCUCAAGAUCUCAGGCGCAAGCCGCAUCAAGCACGCGGCGGCACUCAACAAUGCCAUCGACGUCGGCUCGGCGCCCGAGCUGAGCGCCGAGGAUGUCGAGUGGGACGAGAGCUCCAAGACAGCCACGCUCUCGACGGUGCGCUACGUGUCGCCGCGCGGCAUGCCGCUCUUCUCCUUUGCCAUUCCCGUGCGCACCGUGCUGCACUUUGGCGGCCCGAGCAAGUCGCUGCAGGUCACGCACAUCGCCGAGGAGUGGCCGCUCGAUGCGUUCCUGCAGCGCACGCCCGUCGUUGGCACGCUCGAACGCACGAUUUUCACGCCGCUCGCCACGCUCGCCUUCGUGCAGCUGGCGGGCAUCUACCACGCGCUCUCCUCGCACCUCUCCUCGACGUCGCGCAAGCUCGUCGAGCCCACGGCCGCGGCGGCAAAGGUGCGCGUGCCCGCCGGCGUCGAGCGCGGCUUUGUGCGCGGCACCGAGGUGGCGCAGGGCUGGGGCUCGGGCCUCGUCGAGCGUGCCGUCAACCUCAGCGAGGCACCGCUGCGUGCGCUUGAGCGCGCUGCGCAGACCAGCACCAGCAUCCUGAGCCGCGUCUCGCCCAUCGAGCUGCCGACGCCCUUCAUCUACCAGGCGCCGGAGCGCAAGCGUCCUGCGUCGUCGUCGCAGAGCAACGGCAAGAAGGAGGAGAAGUCUGAGUCGAAGGACGACGACGCCAAGAAGGCUGAGAAGCCGGAGCAGGACGAGUCGGCGGCCGCCGAGGAGCAGCCUGCCGCCGCCACGGUGCAGGUCUCGGCGACGGCCGAGGAGCCGGCCAAGGAGAUCAGCAUCCCGGCACGCGUCAACAACGAGGCGCCGCAGGCCGAGGCCACGACGCAGCUCGAGGAGCCCAAGGCUGCAGACGCACCCAAGGAGACGCUCUUUGACCGCAUCGAGGUGCCCGACCUCACGACGGGCCACGCAGCGAGCCAGAAGCCGCAGGGCCACCUGCUCGCCGUGCCGACGAGCCCCAACGUCGGCGGCGGGCACAGCUCGGGCAGCGAGGAGGAGCACGAGCACGACGACGAGGAGCGCAAGACGGGCGGCGGCGGCGGCGCGGGCAAGAAGAGCCGCCGGAACAAGAAGAAGAAGAGCAAGAAGGACAAGGACGCCGCUGCGGCGCCUGCGGCCGCGCACGAGAAGCCGCCGACGUUCAAGGAGAGCCUGCAGUCGUAA